AUGAAAUCUAACAUAUAAAAUAUGUAUAAUUAUUUCGAGCCUAUAUUCGCUAAAUAUAUCAAUUAAUCAGUGAGAUUUAAGAUCUGUAACGACACAUUAGUAUCAAAAGACUUAUUUUAAGUAAUUCUAAUAAUACUACUGUUUUCACCUCGCUGCAGACCUUAUUUCUAACUAAAUAUAUUAAUAUAUUAAAUAUACUUAAGAAUAAAAUGCACUUAAUAAUAAUAAUAAUUAAUUAUUCUAUCCAAUAUGCCAGUAAGUAACAAAUUAGUAACUGUAAAUACACUCCUUCAUUCUCUAUUUUGGUUAAAUCAAAAGUUAGCAAACAUAAAUGUUUAUAAAUUCUUAUUACUCAUCUAAUGA